CAACAUCUUCCUUGUGCGACAGCCAUCAGGAGGAAGAUACAUGAAAAACGCCCGCACCCGGAAGAGAAAGUGAGCGGAGGAGACUGCUGAGAGAACCAAAUUUGCUGUGCACAGAGCAGCUCCAAUGGUCUUUGGAUCGACAUCAUUUGUUUCAGCAAGAUGAAACUAUGGAGAAUCCAAACUUUAUUUUUCUUGCUUCUGUGUGUCAGUGUUUUGCCAACCUGUUGGUGUGCUCAUGGGAAAUACGCUCAGAAGCUACUGAAUGAUUUAUUCACCAACUAUACUAGUGCGCUGAGGCCUGUGGAGGACACAAACAACAUACUGAAUGUGACCCUGCAGGUUACACUGUCACAAAUUAUCGACAUGGAUGAGCGAAACCAAAUUUUGACAGCAUAUUUAUGGAUACGGCAAGUGUGGGUUGAUGCAUACCUCAAAUGGAAUAAAGAUGAUUACGAUGGACUCGAUACCAUCCGCAUACCUAGUAGUUAUGUAUGGAGACCUGAUAUAGUCCUAUAUAACAAUGCUGAUGACCAUUUCACUGGCCCCAUGGACACCAAUGUGGUGAUCCGACAUGACGGCCAGAUAAUGUGGGAUUCCCCAGCUAUCACCAAGAGCUCCUGCAAAGUGGACGUGUCCUUCUUCCCCUUCGAUGCUCAGCAGUGCAGGUUCACGUACGGCUCCUGGACCUACAACGGUAACCAGCUGGACAUCCUGAACGCCAUGGAGAGCGCUGACCUGGCUGACCUGGUGGACAAUGUGGAGUGGGAGGUGCUGGGUAUGCCAGCUAAGAAGAACAUUAUUCAGUAUGGCUGCUGCGCUGACCCUUACCCUGAUGUGACCUACACACUGAAACUGAAGAGAAGAGCUUCCUUUUAUGUCUUCAACCUGCUCAUACCAUGUGUGAUGAUCUCUUUCCUGGCUCCGUUGGGCUUCUACCUGCCUGCUGACUCUGGAGAGAAGGUGUCUUUGGGUGUCACUGUGAUGCUGGCACUCACGGUCUUUCAGCUGUUAGUUGCAGAGAUUAUGCCACCUUCUGAGAAUGUGCCGCUUAUUGGAAAAUAUUACAUUGCGACGAUGACAAUGAUCACAGCUUCCACUGCCCUGACCAUCUUUAUCAUGAACAUACACCACUGUGGCCCGGAUGCCAAGCCUGUUCCCAAGUGGGCUAAGACAGUCAUUCUGCAGCACAUGGCCAGAAUGUGUUUUGUUUAUGAAGUUGGAGAGAACUGCAUGUCGCCACAGUCGGAGAAACAGGAACCUCAACUUCCGAAGAACACCACCUGUACCAUGAAUGGUCAGGCAGGACCAUGCAGGGAAAUGGAGAGAGGACAAGACACAGUUGGCUCCAUGACUGCAGAGGAAAGGGAGGACAUUGAUCAGAUGAUGAGUCCGAUAGGCUCGAUGGGGAAGAACCCUACCAACCAAUACAGUACUUGGAAGAAUGGCAUGUUCAUGAGCAUGGACUGUGGAGAUUCAGGGAGUCAGAGGAGAUGCAGGAAGGGAGGUGUGAGUGAUGGAGAGAGAAAAGACAGAGGGAUCUGCACCCAAAGCAAUGACAAGCAGCUGCUGCGUAACAUCGAGUACAUAGCCAACUGUUACAGAGAUCAGAGGGCCACUCAGAAAAGAACAGGGGAGUGGAAGAAAGUCGCCAAAGUUUUAGACCGCUUCUUCAUGUGGAUAUUUUUUAUAAUGGUGUUUCUCAUGAGCCUUCUCAUCAUGGGCAAAGUCAUCUAAUUGCAUAACUGAGAAGUGAAUUUUAAGUGUUAAUUUGUGUAUAUAAGAGAGAGAUUAUUACAGUUUAGCACAGGAUUCAUGAAGCACUAUAUUUUCCCCAUAAUUAACAUUAAGAUUUUUUCCAAACCUCAUAGAAAUGGUCCUUUCUGGAGGUCAUGUCAUCACUGACCCAUCUAUAAGUAGAAGUUUAUAUUCGAUCAAGUUCUUGCCUAUAGGCUUUGUUGUUGACAACUUGCAUUCCCCAACUUUUGUCCUAGUGCUGUGUGAAAGUUACAAAGCUCAGCUGACAGAUAGCUAGACUAUUGGCAAAUCAAUACAUUUUUCUACUGAUGGCAUUUCCACAAUUUUGUGCUUUUAUUUUAAAUAAAUGAAAUAAUGAGUUGUUUGCAACAUUUAUUUCUUUGUAUCUUAAAGAGUGCAGGACGAGAGGAGGUGGAGUCUGUGUUUAUGAUGAUGAUGCUUGGUGCUCAAACGCAGUCAAAGUGGAUGGACACUGUUUGUUUUUAUGUGAAGAUGAAACCAUUGUAUCAUCACAAUUGUGUUGCUGCUGUUUAUGUUCCCCAAGACGCAAACUGAAACAAUGCACUGCAGAAUUAUUUCCUGGUUGUGUACGUGUAUGUAUGUAUAAAUAAUUGUAUAUAGUUUAUUUUUAUUUAUUAGUUUAUUUAUUAAACUAUGUUAUUCUAUGAA